CGGGGCCGGCGGUUGCAGAGCGGACCCCCGCGCCCAGGACCCGCGUCCCCGGGGGCGCCCGCCGCGGGCCGCUGCUAUGUCGCUGCUGCAGUCCGCGCUCGACUUCCUGGCGGGCCCUGGCUCCCUGGGCGGCGCUGCGGGCCGCGACCACACCGACUUCGUGGGGCAGACGGUGGAGCUGGGCGACCUGCGGCUGCGGGUGCGGCGGGUCCUGGCCGAGGGAGGGUUUGCAUUUGUGUAUGAAGCUCAAGAUCUGGGAAGUGGCAGAGAGUAUGCACUGAAGAGGCUGCUGUCCAGCGAGGAGGACAGGAGCAGGGCCAUCAUCCAGGAGGUGUGCUUCAUGAAAAAACUCUCUGGCCACCCCAAUAUUGUCCAGUUCUGCUCCGCGGCAUCGAUAGGAAAAGAGGAGUCGGACACGGGGCAGGCCGAGUUCCUGCUGCUCACGGAGCUCUGCAAAGGGCAGCUGGUGGAGUUUCUGAAGAAAAGCGAGGCCCGAGGGCCCCUGUCUUGCGACGCCGUCCUGAAGAUCUUCUACCAGACGUGCAGAGCCGUGCAGCACAUGCACCGGCAGAAGCCGCCCAUCAUCCACAGGGACCUCAAGGUUGAAAACUUGUUGCUGAGCAACCAGGGGACCAUCAAGCUGUGUGACUUCGGCAGUGCCACGACCGUCUCGCACGUGCCCGACUACAGCUGGAGCGCCCAGCGGCGGGCCCUGGUGGAGGAGGAGGUCACCAGGAACACGACGCCCAUGUACAGGACACCGGAAAUCGUGGACCUGUACUCGAACUUCCCGAUCGGCGAGAAGCAGGACAUCUGGGCUCUGGGCUGCAUCUUGUACCUGCUGUGCUUCGGGCAGCACCCCUUCGAGGACGGAGCCAAGCUUCGCAUAGUGAACGGGAAGUACUCCAUCCCUGCAGACGACACCCGCUACUCCGUGUUCCAUGGCCUCAUCCGCGCCACGCUGAAGGUAAACCCCGAGGAGCGGCUGUCCAUCACCGAGCUGGUGAACCAGCUGCAGGAGAUCGCAGCUGCCAGGGACGUGAACCCCAAGUCGCCCAUCACAGAGCUCCUGGAGCAGAACGGAGGCUAUGGGCACGCCGCCCCGCCCCGGGGGCCGCCCCCGCCCGGGGGCCCCGCGAACAGCGGCCACGGCGGAGGUCUGGCCCUCGCCGAGUACGACCAGCCCUACGGCGGCCUCCUGGACAUCCUGCGGGGGGGCACCGGGCGUCUGCUCACCAACAUCAAGGACACCUCCUCCAAGGUCAUCCAGUCCGUCGCCAGUUACGCCAAGGGAGACCUGGACAUAUCUUACGUCACGUCCAGAAUCGCAGUGAUGUCCUUCCCGGCAGAAGGGGUGGAGUCGGCCAUCAAAAACAACAUUGAAGACGUGCGGCUGUUCUUGGACGCCAAGCACCCGGGGCGCUACGCGGUGUACAACCUGUCCCCCAGGACCUACCGGCCCUCCAAGUUCCACGGCCGGGUGUCCACGUACGGCUGGGCCGCCCGGCGGGCCCCAAGCCUUCGCAGCCUGUACAGCGUGUGCAGGGACAUGCACUGGUGGCUGCGGCAGGACCACAGGAACGUGUGCGCGCUGCACUGCAUGGACGGCAGAGCUGCGUCGGCUGUGGCCGUCUGCUCUUUCCUGUGCUUCUGCCGGCUCUUCAGCACCGCCGAGGCCGCUGUGUACAUGUUCAGCAUGAAGCGCUGCCCGCCGGGCAUCUGGCCAUCCCACAAAAGGUACAUCGAGUACAUGUGUGACAUGGUGGCCGAGGAGCCCAUCACGCCGCACAGCAAGCCGGUCCUGGUGCGGGCCGUCACCAUGGCGCCCGUGCCGCUGUUCAACAAGCAGAGGAACGGCUGCCGGCCCUUCUGCGAGGUCUACGUGGGGGACGAGCGCGUGGCCACCACGUCCCAGGAGUACGACAGGAUGCGGGACUUCCGGACCGAGGACGGCAAGGCGGUCAUCCCGCUGGGCACCACCGUCCAGGGGGACGUGCUCGUCGUCAUCUACCACGCGCGGGCCACCCUGGGCGGGCGGCUGCAGGCCAAGAUGGCGUCCAUGAAGAUGUUCCAGGUCCAGUUCCACACGGGGUUCGUGCCUCGGAACGCCACCACCGUGAAGUUUGCCAAGUACGACCUGGACGCCUGCGACAUCCAGGAGAAGUACCCGGACCUGUUCCAGGUGAGCCUGGACGUGGAGGUGGAGCCCCGGGACAGGCCCAGCCGGGAGGCCCCUCCCUGGGAGAGCACGAGCAUGAGGGGCCUGAACCCCAAGAUCCUCUUCUCCAGCCGGGAGGAGCAGCAAGACAUCCUCUCCAAGUUCGGGAAGCCGGAGCUCCCCCGGCAGCCAGGCUCCACCGCCCAGUAUGACGCCGAGACAGGCUCCCCAGACGCGGAGCCCGCGGAGCCCGAGUCCCCGCAGAGCAGCGGCCCCGACUCCGGCCACUUUCUGCACUCGCUGGACUGGCACGAGGAGAGACACGCAGAGACGGGCCCAGAGCACAGCUUUGCCCAGGAGACGCCAUGUGCUCCGGCUGAGGACGCAGGGGAGAGCGAGCCGUCGGACGAGGACACAGCGACCCUCUCCGCCGAGAGCAGGGACGCAGCCGAGGAGGACGGGCCGGGCGCGGCGCCAAGGACGCAGGGGCAGCAGUGGGUCCUCGAGGCGGACUCGCCGGCCGCUCCCCAGGAGCCCCGGCAGCCAGAGGACAGCGUUGACCUCCUGGGGCUGCACUCUGAGCCGGAGCCGGCCCCCCCCGCCCAGGCCCCCGGGGCACCCCCCAGCAACGCCGACCUGCUCGGCUCCCUCCUGGGGGCCCCUGAAGCCGCCCCCGACGGUCCCCCAGGCGACCUCCUCGGUGGGGAGACGCCCCUGCUCUUCACGCACCCCGCCCCGCCGGCGAGCGGGCCCGCCGCUGCCGCCGACCCGUUCGACCCUCUGCUGCUGACCUCCGACCCCGACGCCCGGCCCGGCUCCCAGCCCGACCUCUUCGGCGCGUUCCUUGCCGCAGACACCCCGGCCGCGCCGUCCCCGUCCUUCCCCCGCACCCACAGUGCCCCACCCCCCGCCUGCAGCACCGACUUCCUGCAGCUGGGGGACGUGCCGGCAGAGCCCAGCAGGACAAGGGCCUCGGCCAGCCCGCCGGACCUCCUGGGAGGGUGGGACGCCUGGGCUGAGGCGCCAGCCCCCACGCCAGCCGCAGAAGGCCCCUUCCUCUGUCCGGGAGGCCAGCCGGCCCCUCCAGGCCCUCCGGCCAGCCAGACCAAGUCCCAGAGCCUGGACCCAUUCGCAGACCUCGGCGACCUUGGCUCCAGCCUCCAAGGCUCGCCCGGCGGGUUUGCUCCCGGGGGCUUCGGUUCCAAAGCAGCACCGCCUCCCAAGGGUGGCAACUCUUGGCAGUCAAGUCGGCCCCCGGCCCAGGGCACCCCGUGGGCCCCCCAGACCAAGGCAUCCCCCAAAACCUGUCCACAGCCAAGGCCCAACUACGCCGCGAACUUCAGCGUGAUCGGCGACCGCGAGGAGCGGGGCGUCCGCGCCCCCAGCUUUGGUCAAAAGCCGCGGGUGUCCGAGAACGAUUUUGAAGACCUGCUGUCCAAUCAAGGCUUCUCCUCCAAAACCGACAAGAAGGGGCCGAGGACCAUGGCCGAGAUGAGGCGGCAGGACCAGGCGAGGGACGCAGACCCGCUCAAGCUGAAGCUCCUGGACUGGACCGAGGGCAAGGAGAGGAACAUCCGCGCCCUGCUGUCCACGCUGCACACCGUGCUGUGGGACGGCGAGACUCGCUGGACACCCGUGGGCAUGGCCGACCUGGUGACGCCCGAGCAGGUGAAGAGGCAGUACCGCCGGGCUGUGCUGGUGGUCCACCCCGACAAGGCCGCAGGGCAGCCGUACGAGCAGCAGGCCAGGAUGGUCUUCAUGGAGCUGAGCGACGCCUGGUCCGAGUUCGAGAGCCAAGGCGCGCGGCCCCUCUUCUGAGCCCUCACGGUCACGGCUGCGCGUGGAACCAGCAGAGGUCGGACGGGACCUGCCCGGGCUGAGGCGCGUGGGCCAGGCCAGCGUGGCCGCACCGGGGCCACCGGCUGCCCCUGCGGGUCCCCGGCCUGCACCCCGGCGGGAAGAAAGCGUCCCGGGGCCUCUGGUUUCCUCUUUUUCCCAAAGGAAAGUGUCUGUUCACGCCUCUCCCAGUCGUCACGGUUUGUGAUUCGUCGUGUUCGGUGGCCGUCCCCCCUCGGGGCGGAGCGCGCUG